GCCAUACAUGUGCAAGUGACCUGACUGACUUGGCGGUUGUUUUGAAAGUAGUGGGAUUUUUGUACGACGUGUUUUCAGCGAUCAUAGUGAAAUGGCGACGAUUAAGAAAGCACUGCGAAUGUCGAUUCGUGGAAAACGGUACAGUGUUCUUGAUGGAACUCAAACAGACUAUUUCAGUACUCCAAAAUACGCAAAGCGACGAAACUCCGACGGUGACUCGCCCAACAGUGAUGAUCGCGGAGAGGUGAGACUCCCUAGACGGGGGUCAAAAGUAACCCAGUCGGUCAGAGAUGCAGUUGGAAACAUUAGACAGAAAUUCCGCAUGUCAACCCGCAGGAAGAUGAGACUGAAGGAGAAGAAAGGUGUGUCCCCCCGGACACCCACACGCGUGGGGAAGAGGACCAUCGGGAAGACCCCUCCGUAGCGAAGCACCAAGAUCUACUCCCCCUUCUACAUAGAGACCCCUAAGGAGCUUGUGAAGGCACCCAGAAAUGGACCCCGUAUGGGCAAAGGACAGAUGGUGGAGACUCCGACUCGCCUGAGACGGGAGGUGGAAGCACUGACAGCCAACAUGCAGGCUCUAGCUGCGCUCACGCCCACCACACUCCGAGACCGAGCAAAGACCAGGCGACCAGCCUCACCCAUCACAAAUGGCAGCCUGAAAGUUCGAACUCAAGCACGGAGAAGAAUCGAGACCACCGUGUACUAAAGUGCUAGCUAGACCUCGUGCUGUAGUAGUGUUGUGAUGUCCCAUGACCCAAGUUGCCAUGACGAUACAUCACAGAACAUCAGUAUUCAUGAUAUUACCAAUGUUUGUAGACAUGCUGUCAUGCUGUGUCUCUUCUGUCUGACACACUGUACACUAGUUGUGUAUCUAUAGUACCUGUGAUCUGUUUGUUUUCAUUCAUUCACUCACAUUCAUUUAUUUUCUAAAUGGCAUUAGAAAUACUUUUUACUAUUUUAGCUAUGAUUUUAUUUCAUCUUCACUAAGGCUUUUAAUUUGCUAUCAUUAAGCAUUUUGUUAAUGUUGUGAUAUUUAUUUAUUUCACCAUUUGCUUAAGCUCCUAGGCUUAUAAUAUUCUAUUUCAUAAUUUUUAAACUUUUCUAUUAUUGCUUAUGAGAGGAAAGUGCCAAUGUUGGUAUAUCUUUUUUCUUUCUGUAGUCAAUAUCUGCCAAUGUACUACUCAAAUGAAAGAUUAACUGUGAGAAUCAUGUGUUCUUUAACAUCUUUGAAGUAGCGGAUUUAGUUCUCUGAUUAGAUAUGACUAAAUAUAUCCAAAUAUCACUGAUAUGAGUGCCUAUGGAACAGUGUAUAUCUGCAACGCCUGGAGAGAAUCUUGACGAAUAUCAAACUGGUAUACAUAAUACAUGUCAGUAUCACAAUUUUACAGGGAUAGAAAUUAACCUUAAGUUUACAACCUUGGAGAGCGUUAAUGCAUAGAGAAUGACCCAAAUUUUUAAUAUUCUACCAAGCAUUGGGAAAGUUUGAUUUAGAAGCCCAAGUCUAGUAAAUUUCUUUCAGUCAAGUAAGCUUGUCAGUACAUUAAUACUAAGAUUUACUGAACUGAUGUUAAGAGACAGGUUCAAGCUAUUUGACUCGAAAGAUUUUGGCUCAGACUGAAAUUGACAACUUUCUCAGGGUAUCGUUAAUUUCCAUUCCUGGGUAGACAACAUCAAAUAUGUAUUCAUUUACCCUUAGUUGUCAGGUUCAUAAGGCAUACAGUUGCUCAUUGUAUCAAGUUCCACGAAGGUUAAGCCCAAUCAACCUUACAUUCAUUCCAAUUUACUUAGGACUUACAUGCUCACGCAUCUGGAGAAGGGGCUUCAAGGAAAGCUAAGAGUAUUAUGAUGAACAGACUGACCUGAGAGAAGGAAUCAAUUCGUGUUGCUCAGUAGAUUAGAAGAAAAAUGUCAACUGGGGAUUUGUUGUUGAAAUGAUUUAUUUAUGACAUAGAAGCUAGUUCAAAUAACACAGGCUUUGUAUAUUAUUUUACCCAUAUUCUUAGAUAACAUUUCAUCUUUGAUCAUCAUCGUUCGUCAUCGCUUGUAGAUUUCACAGAAUUUGGCCAGUGUGCUUCCAGAAUUUGUUUUAAGCUACACAUUUACAAUAUCUUUCUCUAAUCUUUUGUCUUAAUGAAGUGAGAAGAUUUCUCACUCUUCUCAACUCUCACCUGCAUAAUAAAUUACAUAUGAGAACUAAUGAUAGGAAAUUCAAACUUGUCCAGAAAAUGCUUUAAUCUUUGGCAAAUUGCUUCAAGCAAGAUCCAAUAUAUUUCCCCUAUAAAUUUGAAUCGUUUUUGGUUAAAAUGGUAAUUUUGUAAUUUAAAAUGUUCCGGUGUGAAGAUCAGGGGGUACUUUUGUCAUUGUGGUAAACGAUAAGAUUGAGGGUCUCCAGAUUAAAAUAUUUUAGGAAACAAGUACCACCAUACCAUAGUUUUGAACGUUGUUUUAUGUACAAAGUUAGGUGAGUGUUCUCAUUGUGAAUGUCUAAGUGCAUUGUAUGCACAGUGUAUCUAUCUGUAACCUAUCUAUUGCACAAGUUGCUGCCAUGUGUAUACUCACAGAGGUAUUCAGCAUUGAUGUAUAUAUUUCAUAUGUGCUGCCUUAGUGCUAGUCCCAUAGGGACAUUCUGUACUUGAGAUCAUCCUCACCAGUCAAGGGUCUUCGCUAGGGGUUACACACUCAGUCCCACUACUGAGCAUGUCAGGGAGUAGGUAUCUGUAUGUUGUCCGUAACAUUGGUCGAUCUUGAAUAGAUCAUGAGUUACCUUCAAGGUGACAUCCUGUGCAUAUUUUUUAUUGUGUCAAAUGAAAUAUACAGGGUUUUUUUGUGAAGUUCAGACAGUCAAACCUGAUUUAUCUGGAACGAUUACUGGUAAUGAAUGAAUAGAUAUGAAUCUAGAUUAUUGCAUUACUCGCCAUCGCCCGUCACGACAAAAUUAGCUGUUCAACUUUGAAUUAAAAAUUGCAUUUCGGUAGAAUAUUUGGUCAAUAUAUAAGUGGUCAGUCACUGUGAUACGCAAUCGACCAAAUAUUUCGAGAAUGAGUCAUUGGUGCCGUCUGGUUCAAGAUAAGGAGGUUUGACUGUAGCGCAGUAUCAUACAGGUAUCAAGGUGGCUUUACAUAACAAACUCAUGUUUGCUAGUUUAUGUUAACAAACAUAAGUUUGUGUGUGUUAGUGUGUCUGUAUGUGAACACUGCAAGGACAAUUUGUGACGUUUGACAGAAAUAGUAUCAGUUACCGAUAUUUUAACCAUCAUUUUAGUGUUAUGUAUCUUGAUUUUACCAAGAUGGUUAUCAGACUACUAGACUUGCUCUCAACCAAUCAGAUGGUAGACAUCACAUGAAUUUUACGGACAUCUGCUACAAAAUUGGAUAUGUUUGUGUGUGAAAACACAAGCUGGCAGACAUUCUGGAGUUAGCCAGCCUGUGUUUGCACACUUGGGUUGCCCAUGUGAAGCCACCUUCACAGGACAUCCUGUACAACACCUAUUGGUGCUGGACUCUUGACCAUUAAAUAGCAUUGGUUUAUAACACUACACUGGACAUGAGAUCCUUUAUCAUGAAACAAACAUACUUGAUUCUAUGUCUAAGAUUUAGCAUCAAGUAUGCUCAGAGCUGUGAUAUAUAUAAGCAUAGAUGACAACUCCAAGUGUAGGUCCUUCCUCCAAGGAAGACUACAUGGGAGACACUGAUUCUUGUGAUUUGCUAAGGUGUUUGGUUUUGAAUUAGAGCUAGUAUAAAUCUGUUAUACUAUCACAAUUUUCAAAACACAAGUAUAUCUCAAAACUGAAACAAAUACUUUACUUGUAUUUGGUCCUUGUUUGUAGUCUUGUGUUGGAAAACUUUGUUUUCAGAAAUUCAAAAAAAUAAAACCAUAAGGCGUCGGGCAACUUAGUAAUUUGCAAAUUAUACAUGGCUUCAGAAAUGUGUUUUGGUUAUCCUGGCCUUGUGGAUCACAGUUCCAUGGGUCAUAGUUGUGAAGAAUUUACCCCGACUUAUUCCCUUGACUGGCGAGGAUGGUAAAGUUUCAGCAUCACCAUCAUCUGUACAGCUUGCAUUUCUUCAUCUGUUCUUGUCUUGUCUUAUCUCUCACUAUCAUACAGUUGUUCCGUUUUAUGUAAAACAGAUGAGUUAUCAUCACUAGUGUUUAGCCACAGCUGAUUCUGUAGGAGUUUAGUCAAAAGCAAAUUAUCCUAUUAUAGGUCCCUCUUGAAUGGACAUUGAAAUCUUUAUGUUGAAACACAAUCUCUGAAGUCUCAUACUUGACAAGGGCCUGUAUUAAAUGUGUAUUACACCUGCCUACUUGACACAACAGUAUUUACUAGCCUUUAAAUUUUCAUUGUGAUUAUGAAGUACUUUUAGCAAGCACGUAAUUAUACAUCACAAGAAAGGUUUAGUUUUUAUUGAGAAGAGUUUUAAUAAUUGGUUGUAAAAUUUAGUUUUCUAUCCAAUUUGUUAAAUUUGACCUUCUCUUUCUGAUGUUAGUUAGCCUGAUAAUAAUGUUCAUGUCAUGUUAAUGUUACAUCAUUAAUAUUUCAUCCAAGGAUCAUCGUAAUGAUGACCCUUGAGUUAAAUAUCCAUGGUGUGAUAUCUCAAACAUUGUAAUUCACAAAUGUUUGGGGUUUUUUUUCAAUAAUUAUUCCAUCUUAGACCAUAUUAUUUUUGUUCCAAUUGAUUCAGAACCAGGAAGUCCCUGGGUAUUCUGAAAGCACAUUUUUAAACUUGUGCAUCCGGUCAAAAAUUAUAGAAAAAUUGUAUAUCACCAUAACUUGUUUUAAGUGACAGAAAUCACUCAUAUCUGUUCAUUCUACUUUCAGAAACAGGAUUUCUAAUAUAUAUAACAUAUUCCACACAACUAUCAGUAUUACGACAAUAGUGUGUAAAGGAACAAGUGUGUUUGUGUCAUUUCUCCAUCUUAUCUCUGCUGUCAACUCUCCUGUGAAUACCUAUAAAUUGUUUCUGACCUGUUAUAGUAAUGUCACUCAUAGCUUAAUAGGCAAUAAAGCCAUUUUGUUUACAAAAA